AUGAAGGCGUUCCGGUUGGCAGACAACUCCGAAACGACUCUCGAGAAGACCAAGAAUCUAAAACAGUCCACAUUCCGCUCGGUGUGUGGUCGGUUUGUCUCUGCUUCGGUGAGUCGAGGACGGGUUGUUGGAGACCUGGUCACUGGCACUUCGUACUGCGUAAAAGACCGUAGUCAAGGCCGUCCCAACUUUGUGUUCCCCUUCUUCAACGGCAAGACGCCCUCUUUCAUCAGAUGGAAGCGAGCUACAGCCAUCUCCAUCUUGAACAAGCUCAGCGGUGAUCUUGCUCGCAGAGGUAACAGGACUGGUUUUUUCAUGGAUCGGAUUCCAUACGAUGUCACGGUGAAGAAAAUGUACAAGUUUUAUCAUUUCGAUCCUGUUGGACCCGAGCUCGUUAUUCAGGUACAAGGGAGAUUCUAA